AUGGAGGUACAGGAACUCUGUGGUGGUGAUGUGAGCAAACACGCCCAGGUGUUGGUGGGUGCUUUGGAAGCGGUCCAGAACCAACAACAAGAAGUGUUUCAAAUGGUCCAGGAACAGGUACAAGCACACCUAGCAGAGGAGCUGUCCAACUGGAGAGCAGAACAGCAGGUUCAUGAAGGGCUCUAUCUAGAGCGGGUCACAAAGCUGGAACUGGAAGUUAGCAAGCUUCUCACAGAGCUCACAGAGGCCCAGAACACUAUCCAACGAAUCAAACCAAUGAAGCAGGAUACACCAACAACAACCAAUGCCCAAUCCAGCCAAAUGAACCAACACAAUAGCGGCGAGAUCCCCGAGAUAAGGGAAGCAACAAGCCAAAAGUCAAGGCAACAACCCACAUUUGCAGACCUAGCUACACUGCUUUCUGUCACGGGCUCGGAAUAG